UGAGAUGUCUGUGGAUGAGCCCACAGGAUCUGUGAGCCUCUGUGGGAAGACAUCUAGUGGUUCCUGGAGCAGCUGCAGCAGCCAGGACACAUGGAACUACAGUGGAGGUAGCAUUAGUAGUGAUUCAAUACCUACACAUAGUGAUGAGGAGUUACCACCAUUCAGCUUCGAGCCCCAUAUCUCUGAGGAGGAAGACUUCCACUCCCAAUACAAAGUCUUGAGGACCAUCGGGCAAGGGAGUAACGCCAAGGUCCUCCUGGCCCAACACCGGCUCACAGGCACACCUGUGGCCAUCAAAGUUCUUGAAAAAGGCAAGCAGUGGUUCCAGUCAGCCAUGAUGGAGGCCAAUAUAAUGAGAACACUCAACCAUCCCAACAUCAUCUCACUUCUACAAGUGACUGAGACCAAAAAAAGCAUAUACCUGGUAAUGGAAUUUGUUGAAGGACAACAACUCUACCAAUACAUCAAAAAUUCUGGCCACAUAGAGGAGGACGAGGCCCGGAAAAUAUUUAAACAACUAAUAGCUGCCGUGAGCUACUGCCAUGAACAUGGUAUCGUGCACAGGGACCUGAAACCUGAUAACAUCCUGAUCGAUAACAAUGGAAAAAUCAAAAUAAUCGACUUUGGCCUUAGUACCAAAGUCAAACCUGGUCAAAUGCUCAGUCAGCACUGUGGUUCCUACUCUUUUGGUGCCCCAGAAUUCUUCCUCGGUAAAAGAUACGAUGGCACCAAAAGCGACUCGUGGACCUUAGGUGUGGUCCUCUAUUUCAUGAUUGUCGGGAAGGUGCCUUUUGAUUCUGUGAUCAUCCAUGAACUGCAAAGACAAGUUGUGGCAGGAGUAUAUCCUGCCCCCUGUGGGGUCUCACAAGAACUAGAGGACUUGCUUAGUCUAUUACUGACCACCCACCCUACAUAUAGGCCCACACCCAUGGAGGUGAUGCUGCACCCCUGGUUUAAAGGGGACUGGAAGAUGUUCCCAAAUCCCUGUAAGGAUCUAAUCCCUGCCAGGGCAGACCCUACCAUUGUCCAAGCCAUGGAAUAUCUUGGCUUCCGAGCUCAAGACAUUCUCGAGUCACUACGUAAACAGAAAUAUAACCAAGCCAUGGCUAGCUAUACUUUACUAAAAGGACAGGCUCUCCAGAGACAUGUCUACUCAACAGUGACUCAGACAGUGAGUCCAGUGGCAGCCCCAUUCCCGACCAUUGAUGCUGCUGCUGCUUUUACUUUAGGGAUGAAGACAAGCAGAAGUGCUCCUAUACUUGGCCCACUGGUCUCACCAUCCUACACUGGUCAAGAGUCUACCUAUGGCCAGAAGGCUAGGCAAAGAGCAGGAAGAACAUCCACUGGGCCUGGUUUUCUUCACUUGCGGCCACUCCAGUGGAAACCCACAGAGGACCAACAACAUAUAUUUGCCAUGAGUGUCCCCUGUAUUAACACAACAACCAGAAUCACUGAAAACAGCAGCAAUUCGAUCCCAGAAGACAAUCCCCUCUCCCACAGUGCCUCAGAGAAUAAGCCCAUCCCCAGCAGGGCCAGGGCCCAGCCCCGAGGCUUCAGGGGAUGGGCCAAGAGGAUACGAAAUGCCAUGAGGAGACUCUGUUGCUGCUUUACAGGAGGAAAUCAAUCUCGCCGCAGGCAGCACAGAGUCUCCCCCCAGAAAUGAGGCCCAUGGAGAAAAUCCAGAGAAAAAGAAGCAGGCAGG